CCGCCGGGAGCUGUAGUCCGUCCCUCCUGCCCAGUCAGCGUGGUGCUGCCCGCCCUGUUCCCGGAGGCCAGAGCCGCCGCCCAGGGGGAUGCGGGAGCCCCUGGUUCGGGGGAACAGAGAGGCAGGCGGGGUGAGGGUCGUUGCCAGGCAACGGGCGAGCGCCACGGUUGGGGAGCCGAGGACGGCAUGUCCCAGGCCCCAGGAGCUCAGCCAAGCCCGCCCUCCGUGUACCACGAACGGCAACGCCUGGAGCUCUGUGCCGUCCACGCCCUCAACAACGUCCUGCAGCAGCAGCUCUUCAGCCAGGAGGCUGCCGAUGAGAUCUGCAAGAGGUUGGCCCCAGACUCCCGGCUGAACCCCCAUCGCAGCCUCUUGGGCACCGGCAACUAUGACGUCAACGUGAUCAUGGCUGCCCUGCAGGGGCAGGGCCUGGCCGCCGUGUGGUGGGAUAGAAGGAGGCCGCUGUCCCAGCUGGCGCUGCCCCGGGUGCUGGGGCUGAUCCUGAACCUGCCCUCGCCUGUGUCCCUGGGGCUGCUCUCCCUGCCGCUGCGCCGGCGGCACUGGGUGGCCCUGCGCCAGGUGGACGGCGUCUACUACAACCUGGACUCCAAGCUGCGGGCGCCCGAGGUCCUGGGCGACGAGGAUGGUGUCAGGGCCUUCCUGGCAGCCGCGCUGGCUCAGGGCCUGUGCGAGGUGCUGCUGGUGGUGACCAAGGAGGUGGAGGAGAAGGGCUCCUGGCUGCAGACAGACUGACCCCGAGGAGGGGGGGACCACGGCCGCCCGCCGGGCGUGGCCCCCGCGCAUCCACAGCGGGCUCCCGAGCGCCGGGGGAAGGGCCAGGCAGCCCCUUCUCCGCAUCCCCUCCCCCCCCGCCCCACAUGCCACUGCUGCCUCAAUAAACCCGAUGGAUGAUUUGCUCCCAGCCUGGCCUGAGUCUCACCGGGGGCCCCUUUCCUUCAGUUCCGCUGGUUUAUCAGAGAGGCCCAGGCGGGCCUGGCCGGGAUCCCAGCUCUCUGCCACCUCCCGGCUUCGCCACCCAUCUCUCGGGCCUCAGUUUCCUCAUGGGGGUGGGCCCAGGGGAAAACAAUACAAAUGCCUGCCCUCCCGAGGCACCUGGGAGAGACCAGGAGUGAACAGAGAGAUGCAGUCCAGGGUGUUUAGGGAGAUAAGCCCCAAACAGAAGGAGAGGGUUUACUUCUUGACUCCCAACUCAUCUACCAACUGCAGUCAUGGCCCCAAAAGAUGUCCAAAUCCUCAUCCCCGGAACCUGCGAAUAUAUUCAGAUGCGUGGCAAAGGGGAACGAAGGUUGCUAAUCCGCUGACCUUAAAAUCGGGAAAUUAUCCUACAUUGUCUGAGUCGGCCCGAGGGCCCUUAAAAGUGAAGCAAAAAAAUAAAAAUUAAAAUUAAAAAAAAAAAAAAAGUGAAGCAGGCACGGGACUUCCCUGGUGGUCCAGUGGUUAAGACUCCACUCUUCCACGGCAGGGGGCAUGGGUUCGAUCCCUGGUCAAUCCCACACGCAUGGCGGUGCAGCCAAAAAAAAAAAAGUGAAGGAGGCAGGAGAGGAGAAUCUCAGACAUGACUAAGGAAGCAGCGUCAAAGAGAUGCUACACGGAGGGGGCGCUUUGAGACAAAAGAGGGUUCACGGGCCAGGAAAUGCAGGCAGCCUCUAGGAGGUGAAAUACACAAGGAAACGGAUUCUCCCCCAGGACCCCAGAAGGAACCAGCCCUGCCCACACCUUGACUCUAACCCAGUGAGACUCAUUUUGGACUUCCGACCUCCAGAAAUGUAAGAGAAUCAAUGUGUGUUGUUAUAAGCCACUACUUUUGCUAGAGCAGCCAGGGAAAGGAACACCAGGGAAAGGAACACAACGUAGAAUUCCUCGGGGCGGUGGAAGGUGUUGCUGAGGAGGUGUUUGAGCAAAGACUGGAAGAAGGGGAGGGAGAGAGGCAGGCACGGAGAGGUCUGCAGGAGAAGCAUUCCAGGCAGAGAACAGGCAGUGCAAAGGUCCUGAGGCAUGCUGGUGUGGCUGGAGCUGAGGGAGCGAGGGAGAGAGAGGGUGGAGAGGUGACGGAGGGGGAAGAUGGUGGCCGGUGCGAUUUGAGCAGAGGAAGGACAGACUCCCACUGGGUGUCCUCUCCACAGUCUCCCCUGAGCAGCCCCCCAUCCUGUCCUGUACCCUUCCCCCAGGGCCCCCUGUCCCUCCGGGUCUGGCCUGUGCAGCUGGAUGCUUGCCCUCCCCAGCUCUCAGGCUGGGAGGAAGACACAAGGGGAUGGAUGUAAAGACCCCCAGUCCCAGUGGUGGGGUGUUUUAACAGGGGUCCCAUGGGACAAAGUGGGGGCCAUGGGAAGAUGAGGGGUCCUGGGGGAGCUGGCUGAGGGGCGUUCUCCAGGGAGCCAGUGGGAAGGGAGGGAGGGCCCAUUCCAGAAUUAGAAACAGCCCAGAUUGAGACCUGGCAUGUUGAGGGAGAUGAUUUCUCCAGUAGCCAUUCGAGGAGGUGAUAAAGAGAUAAGGGUGGAUCCUGGCAGGUCCACAGCCCACAGGGCCUCCAAGAGCAGCUGAGGGGCUGGACCUGGUCCAGGGCAAUGGGUAGGGCUGUGAGCAGGGGUGGGGGCAGGUCGGUCCUGGGUGCAGAAAGACCCUUUGGGGCCACGUGGGGGGAAGGCUGGAGGCUGGGAGGCCCAGGAGGAAGCUGAGGGUCCCAAUGGGAGAGGACAAGGCCUGAGUCAGGACCCUGGGGGCAGAGUGGAGGUGACAAGAGAAUCAGGGCAGGCUCUGGGGGUGAGGGAGAGGGGCAGGGAAGGAGGUACCCGGCGUCUGGCCCUGGGACCUGGGGGUCAGUAGGGCCACCCCAACAGAUGGGACCGAGGGAGGAGGAGUGGGUGUGGGGGACACGCUGAGCUCAGGGGGAUGUAAGGAGUGUGACAGGCCGGGUGACAUCGGGGAGGAGGACCAGGGUCAGGGACCCAGGAGAUGCUUUGAGGGGUCAUGGGCCUAAAACUGUGAGGGAGGAACAUGGGCAAAAGAGGGGCCCUCCAUUAGGUGGCAGGCAGAUAUGGGGGACCUGGAGGCACAGGGAGGCCGUGGGCAGGGAGAGGCAGGCAGGGCUCCAGCUGGGGGCGUCUCCCCAGCCCGCCUCAGGCUGUGCUCCACCCAGACAGUAAAUUCUGAGAGGGACACAAGAAAGAAGGCGGUGGGGGCGGGGAGGGGAGCAGGCGCCGGCAGGACACGCUGACCUGUGGUGAUGGGGGCACUUGGGCUUGGCGGGUUCUGGUUCCCAAGACCUCAGAGGUCAAAGGGCAACUUGGAAAGUGAAAAGUCAAGCAGCACACGUGAGGGGAACUGCUGGGGUCCCGGGACACCCCAACCCGGGGUGCCCCCCACACCCGCCCAGUCUCUGACUCUCUCCGUCCUCCCUUUGGGUCCCUCGCGUGGGCGCUCUUUCUGGGCGUUUCUGUCUCUCUGUGUCACUCUCAGCUUCUGGGGCCCGCUCCUGCCCCUUGGGCCUGUCGCCUGUCCCAUCCGGUCCCAGACAGCCUGGCGGGGCUCCCUGAGUGUUUCUAUUCCUGGGCCUGAGUGACCUCCCCAGGUGCCUUCUCACUGGUGGCCUAAUAUGGUCAGAGCGGGAGCCCAGAGGACAAGGGUGGGACCUGGGGAGGGGGCGUGGGGGUCCCUGCAGCCUCCCUCCUCCUGCUCCCAGCACCCCCCCAGGCGCUAACCCCUCCUGCUCUGCAGCCUAGAGGACCGGCAGGCUGGGCCAGUGCACAGAUUGAGCGCUUACCGUUUGCCCCUUACGGUGGGUGCAGACGGGCCCAUGCAGCCUCGAAAGCCCCCAUCUGCUGGGGCCACCCCACUUCUCACAAGCCUGAGGCAGGCUGUCCCUUGUCCCAGGGUGCCCAGCCAGGCUGGUCCCAGAGCAUCUGUUGGCAGGGGCUCCUGGGGAUCCCCGGUUGCCCUUUGGGGGUGCCCCACACAGGCCCCCAGGGGCCUCUCAGUGCCGGCCUGGUUGCAGGAGGGAAGGAAGGGGGCCGGUCACGUGGAAGGUGCAGGGGGAGGUGACAGCUGUCCCGUGCCCCCGGGUGCUGACAGCUGAGGCCCAAUUUAGCUCUCGGAGCCCGGGGCUAGCCAGAUAAGGCAGUGAGGGGUGCAGCCCCGCCCCCAGGGCACCCCUUAAAUCACCCUGUCGGGUCCUGGGGGGUGGCCGCCAGCGAUGCCAGGUGAGAGGGGCCGCGCUCCUUCCUGACUCCCCGCGUCCCGCCUGCACCGCGCUGGCCCUCUCUCCGGCUCUCCGGGCUCUCGUGUCUCUCUCUCUCUCUCUCUCUCUCUGUCAUCUCUCUCCCUCCCGUCUCUCCAUCAGUCUUUCUGUCUCUUCCGACGACCCUCCCGCUCUCCAUUUCUCCCCAACCUGUUCCUAACUCUGCCUCUGUCCUUCUUUCUCUGUCUCUCUUGCCCCGUCCUCUCUCUCUUGUCUCUGUCUUCCCAUGUCUAUCUAAUCUCUCUUCAUCUCUUUCUGUGUAUCUCUCCUGUCUCUUUCCAUUUCUUUGUCUGUCUCUGUCUCCCCAUCUCUGACCCUUCCGCCCGUCUCUCUCCCUUCUUCCGUGUGUGUGUGUGCGUGUGUGUGUGUGUGUGUGUGUGUGUGUGUCUGUCUCUCUCCUCACUUCUCUUGGUCUCUCCCAGUCGCUACCUGUCUGUCUCUCUGCCUGUCCCUGACUUUCUCUUCCCGUCUCUCUCUGACCCUACCUCUCCAUCGCCCUGGAUGGAGGCCGCCUGGGGCCUCUGCUGCGGUUUCUGCUGAAUAAAGCUGUUUCUGUCCUCACCUCUCCGCUCCUCUCGCCUCUUUCCCUUUCUCACCCCUCUGCCUCUGAGCUCAGCACCCCCGCCCUGAACCCGGGUGGGUGGGGGUCGGGAACCCGGGGCUGGGGUCGGGGUCGUGGGGUCGGGGUUCCUCCCUCCCAGAGACUGCAAGAAACAGAGGCUGAGAGAAAAACCGAGAGAUGGAUGCAGAGGGAGACCCAGAGACAGCAAGAGACAGGGACUCAGAGACAGAGACAUACCGGGAUGGGGGCCAUAGACUCAGAGAUGGGAGAGCCAGUGGGACAGCAGGACCUAGAUACGCGGAGAAACAGUGAGACAGGGCGACAUCUCCAUCUCAGAGACAGGGAGAUGCAGAGACACGGAGAGAGAUUCGGAGGCCGAGAGACAGAGAUUAGACGGUGCCCCGCAUCCCCCCAGACACGGCAGACUGAGCUGGGCAGCCCCCUCCCCCUCCCGCCAGGCGGUGCCAGGCCCCAGACAACGGGCCUUUGUCCUGACAGGGCCUUGACUCUGUCGGGGCAGCUGGGGGCUGGGCUGGCUGGGCCCCGGUGUUGGGGGGGAGGGGCGGCCACCAGAAGCCUGGCCUUGGCCUCCACCCUCAGACUCCCCCUCCUCCCUCCAGCCUCCCUUCUGGGGUCUCUGCCCACUCCCAGCCUGCUUUCUGCUCUGACGGGGAAGGGGACAGGCACUUAUGGAGCACCUGCUGGAUGUACCUGAAAUGCCUCCGUGCCCCUCCUGACACCCUCUUGUCUCCCCUGUCCCUUCCUCUGUGCUCUCUGCUUAUUCUUCCUGGGCUUCUGGCUCCCUUCCUUGGAAAAGAUGGGCAUUUAUUAUGUUCCUAGUGUUUGCCAGGCAAUUUCCAUACACCGUCUCUGCACCUUAUACUCUUUUUGCUCUCCUGUCCCUUCCACCGUUUCCUUUCCCUUCUUCCUGAUCUGCCUGGUCUCUCCUGCAAGGAAAUGGGCAUUUAUUGAGCACCUACUGUGUGCUAGGGAAUUUACAAACCCUGUCUCCUCUCUUAUUAUAUACACCCUUUUCUCCCCCCAAUUCUUUUCUUCCUUCUCUAUUCAUUUCCUCUCCUUUUUUUUUUUUUUUUUUUUUUUGCGGUACGUGGGCCUCUCACUGUUGUGGCCUCUCCCGUUACGGAGCACAGGCUCCGGACGCGCAGGCUCAGCGGCUAUGGCUCACAGGCCUAGCUGCUCCGCAGCAUGUGGGAUCUUCCCAGACCGGGGCACGAACCCGUGUCCCCUGCAUCGGCAGGCGGACUCUCAACCACUGCGCCACCAGGGAAGCCCUCCUCUCCUUUUUGACUCUGCUCCCUCCUAGGGGAGGGAACAAACAUAUAUUGAGGACCUACUGUGUGCCAGGCAGUUUACACACCAUCUCACCCUUCCUCACACCGUCUUCCUCCCCUGUCUCUCCUCUGUCCUCUCCUUGUCUUUCUGGGCUCUCUGUUCUCUGCCAAGGCAAGGAACACACAUUCAUCGAGUACCUAUGGUAUACCAAGCAAUUGCUUGUGCUUUCUCUACUCUCCUCUCGCCCUCUCAUCUCCACUGACCCGUGGUUUCUGCUGUCCUCUGCUUCUUUCUGCUCUCUGCCAGGAGAGGAACUGGGCAUUUAUAGAGCACCUAUUGUGUGCCUGGUAAUUUCCUUCCACUCCCCCUCCCCCUCGAUUCUCCCUGUCCCUUAAUCUCUGACUUCUCCUUAUUUUCUACUCUGUCUCCCCUUUCUGGGGGGAAGAAAACAAGCAUUUAUGGAGCACCUACUGUAUGCCAGGCAAUUAACACCCCACCUCAUCUUCUCUUGCCUCUUUCUCCCUGCCCCACUCAUUCUGCCAGCUUCUCCCUUCCUGUGUUCUCUGGGCCUUCCUCGGGAAAGGGAACAAGCAUUAACUGAGCACCUCUAUGUGCCCCAUGAUUUGCCGGAACUGCCUCCUCUGACAUCACCUCCUCCCUUCCGCUCCAUCCUUUCGCCUCCUCGGCCAACCUUCCUCUCACCAGUGUCUUCCUCUUCCUCGUUUGCCUUCUCUUCCAAGGAAGACAGCGUGCAUUCAUUGAGCACCUCCUGUGUGCCUCACCCACACACUCGCACGGUCUCUUCCUCAUUUCCUCUCUUCUCCGUGGUUCCUGCUCUCCUCCAGCUUCUCCCCUUCCUCUCUGCCCUGCCAGCUCUCUCCUGGGGGAGAAACUAGGCAUGUACUGAGCGCCUGCUGUGUGCUACUCCUAUCAGCUGUCUGUCUGUCCCAGCUUGCCUCAUAGGCCCUAGGCUCCCUUCUCUCUCCCUCUCUGCUUGCUUUCCUCCUCCUGGCUGCCUCCUCUGCUCGCUGCCAGGAAGGGGGACGGGCAUUUAUUAAGUGCCUAUUGUAUACCCACUGCUUUACCUACACUGUCUCCUUCCAGCACAGCUUCUCCUGUUCAUUCUCUCUGCUGGCGUUUCCCCUCCCCCCUCCUUUUCUGCCUGUCUUCUUUCUCCCGGGAAGAGAACCAACACUUAGGGGCACCGUAUGCCUAGCUAUUUCCACCCCGGCCCUCCCUCCUUUGGCUGUCUUUCCUCCCGUUUUUCCUCUGUGGUGGCUUCUUCACGUCCGUCCUUUCUGACUUGGCUCCUCUCUCCUGAAGAAGGGAAUGGAUGGGCAUUGAUUGAGCGCCAGCUGUGUGCCAGGCUCUUCGUAAGCCCAGCGUCCCCUCCUCACACUCUCUCCCUCCCCCUUUCCCUUCCUCUCGACCGCCUCUUCUCUCCCUUCCUGCUCUCCGCGUUCUCCACCAGGAAAGGGUAGGGGCACUAAUUAAGCACCAACUGCGUGCAGGGCGGUUCACACAGCUGCUGCCUCUCCUUAGACCCUGGGUUCUCCCCUGCCCCCUCCUCUCCUUCUCCUCUUCCUUCUCUGCAGCGGAAGCUCUCAAUUUUUCCAGACGGAAGGCAUGUGGGCAGCGAUCUCAGCCGCCACGGCUGUAGAAGGGGCCCAUCAUUUUCACCUCAGGGUGCUGGGCAGCUGAUGACCGACUGGGGCUCCGUUUGGAUUUCCUCACUGGGGAAAAGAAAAUGUAGAUCACAGCAGCCACUCCCUAGGGCGGGGGGGGAGGGGUGACUGAGGAGACCAGGAGGGAAAGUAGGAUAGGCGGCGCUGGAACAUGCGCGCGGGAGGGAGGAGGGGGCGCUGAUUCUGCUGUUGGUCGUUGAGUCCAGACUCGUCGCCCUCGGGGCCCCCUCCCCCACCUCCCUGCGCCCCCGCCCCCGAGAAGCAGCUGAGGAAACUGAGAAUCGCCCGCCACUCGGCCCCCUGUGUCUCGCCCCGUCUGUGAGCCUCGGGGGGCCCCCUCCCCGCUUCUCUGGAUCUCUCCCCGGUUCCCAGUCUCUCUCUCUCACUAGCUCUCCCUCCCCUCCCUCCCAUUUUCUGGAUCUCCUCUCUCCGCAUCUCCCGCUCCAUCGUUUUUCUCUUUCUCUCCUGCCCCUCCGCCUCACACACGCUUCCGGUGCCUCUGCCCCAUCAGUUUCUCUUGACACACACGUCGUCCUCCCUGCGGGGACUUCGCUCGCACUGUGCGGCCGCCCCCUUCGCCCACCCCCACCCCCGCCAGGUCCUUUGCGUUCUUCGCGCUGCCGCUCCCCCUCCCCCCCCUCCUCUCC